AUGAAGAUAGGUAGAAAGAAACAGAUUAAACGUAUAUUAAAGUAUUACAAGAUAAAUUAUGGCUUCGAAGAGCCAUAUAGACUUUUAAUUGAUGGAACCUUUAUUAUGGCAGCUCUAAAAAAUAAGAUACACAUUAAAGAACAAUUUCCAAAGAUUCUUAAUGGGAAGACUACCCCCAUUAUAACAGACUGCAUAUAUAGGGAGAUUGAAAUGCUCAAUAACUUAGAAAACAAAAAAGCUGAUUUUUCUGGUGCAAAGCUAAUAGCCAGAGGAUAUUUCAGACACAAAUGUGGACAUACUUAUUGUACUGAAGAGAAUUCUAAUAUUGAACAGAUGACUUCUUUUUCUACCAACAGCCUCGAUAUCUCUUCUGAUCAAGAAAAUGAUGUUGAGAAGAAGGCUUCUUGUGAAACUUCUGAUAAAGAAGCUGCAAGCACUUUACGUACAUUUGAUUCAUUUAGAUGUAUUUUGGACGUUAUAUCAAAAGAUAACAACUCCAAAAAAUUCAUGGUCGCUUCUCAAGAUCCUCUUUUAAGAAAGAAGCUUCAUAAGGUUCCAGGAGUUCCUUUAAUUUACCUAAAUAACCAGGUCCCUAUCUUAGAGCAACCUUCCAUUGCAUCUUAUAAUCAAAAAUCUAUUUCAGAAGAGUCCAGAAUGGGGCUUCAAAAGUGGGAAUAUCCCCUAAUUCCUUCUUUAAGAGACUCUGCUCAAGGCAAUUCUAAUGGUAGUGAUAGUAAUGGUAAAGACUCAAAAGUUAAAAAGAAGAAACAAAAAAAUCCGAAUCCUCUUUCCUGCCUUAAAAAAAAGAAAAAGCAAAAUACGAGUAAGGUAAACUCUGAUAAGAAAAAAAGAGUACGAACGAAAAGAAAGUCUCCUACAAAUAGUUGA